AAAUGUACUGAGWCCAUGCGCAGACAGCGAUGGUCAGUGCGCGCCUACAAGGGAAGAGUAGGCUUUAUCAGGCUUGUUGAUUACUAUACUGGCGGCUGGGGACACAUCAACUUUGAUGACCUUCGUGGCGGRAUACGAUGUGAACGAUCUUGCAUUUCCGAGUUGGGCAUGAGAGUUGGUAAGAUCCCGAACUCUGCAAUAACCGCGUCAUCGCAAUAUAAUGCCCAAUAUGGACCUCAAAAGGCACGCUUAAACGGUCGACUAUCUUGGAUCGCCAGACUGAACCGACGUGAUCAAUUUCUUCAGGUUGAUUUUGGUCGAGCCACUAAAGUGACAGGUAUUGCCACGCAAGGACGUCCUAAUGCUCACCAGUGGAUCACCCGAUACACACUAUCCUUCAGUCAGGAUGGGACCGUAUGGACUCAAUAUAAGGAACAAUCAUCAGUCAAGUAUUUCCAAGGUAACAAAGACCGUAACACCAUCAAGGUCAACCAUCCGGUCUUCCCAAUCAGGUGCCGGUUCAUCAGAAUACAUCCUUACUACUGGAGAUCGUACAUGGCAAUGCGAGCUGAGUUCUAUGGCUGCAACAUAGACAAGUGCAAGCUACCAAUUGGCCUUGAAGAUCAAAGAAUCGAUGGUGGACAGCUGUCUGCUUCUACGAGCUUAGGUGGCAGCUAUGAACCAUGGAGAGGAGCAUUGAAUCAUGUGUAUUCAUGGUGCUCUAGACAUGCAAACAGAAACCAAUGGCUCCAGACAUACGAACAAAARCUAAUGGUUCCAAGUAAAUGGAAUGAAUAG